UCCACGUGUCUUUCUGCGAGUCUUUAAGCAUUACGUCCUUCAGCUCGUGAAAUCUACUCGGAAUUUGCAGCACAUUGAUCAUUUUGCGUCCAUUUUUGGUUUUGAUGAGCAAAUAUCAAUGCAUUUUCGAGGUGAUUUGAUGCACUGAGCAGUGAAGCAACUGUAUGAAAUUGAGAAUUGAAGAUUUCUUCUUCCUUCCGAUUCCACAUGGCUCUCGCUACUUCAUCGGAGCGGUUCCUAUGAACUAAGAUGGUUCAGAAAUCCAUAGACUCCAAAGUAAGUGAUUCUGGGAAGGAAGCGCCUGCUCAUGAAAAGCAACUGCAGAUUUCUGCCAAGAAGACAGCAUUAAGAGACUUGCAAAAUGAUAAUAGGCUCGCAGCUUCCAACUGUACCGGAAGAGGUCCGAGCAGCGAGUUCAUUAAAGUUUCUAGUAACAAUAAGCCCUCUCCCGUCUUCACAACGAGUCCGCCUCGUCUCCUUUCUUCGACAUCGAAUACCGCAAAUGGGCACCUCGUUUAUAUCCGUAGAAAAUCCGAUGCAGAUAUAGCAAAGAGUAGUCCUUGUGAUAGUUCAAGCAUAAAAGCUGAUUAUCAGAGUAAACUUGGUCAAUUAGCUGAAACUGUGCAUCUAAAAUCCCACGUCAAGGAGUUACAGAACCAUUGCUUCCCUGCAUUUUCUCCUUCUACAGUGGUGUUUCCCAUGAAUGCCAACGGUAAAUCUUCAGUUCCUCAUAAGUAUGGCAUUAAUUUACCCACAGCAGAAUCAGACUUUGAUUCUGCAGGAUGGAAAAAUUUGCAGUGGGAACACAGAUAUCAUCAGUUGGAGUUGUUACUGAAUAAAUUGAACCAAUCAGAUCAACAAGAUUAUCUUCAGGUGCUUCGAUCGUUGUCAUCAGUUGAACUUAGCAGACAUGCAGUUGAAUUGGAAAAGAGAUCCAUUCAUCUCUCGUUUGAGGAAGCAAAAGAGUUGCAGCGAGUUGGGGUCUUGAAUGUGCUGGGAACUCCUGUGAACAAUAUCAAACUGCCAUUGGCUCAUCAAGACGGAUCAGAGAUGUAAUCGUAUAGACAUAACAUGUUUUUCUUUUUCAACCUAUUGUUCUUCAAGUAGGACGAAGAUAGCGUUCUGGACUGCGAUUGCAUCGAGUUUGCUCAGAAUUCGCCAUUCUCAGUCGCCACGAACCAGAUGUUUGCUGGUUUCUAGUAAUAUUCUGCCUACUAUUCCUCCUCCUCAUAAUAGUUCUCACGUGUUUGACAAAGGUUUUAAGAAAAGAUUGCUACUGUAUGUGACUGUUACCAGGAAGAAAAAUGGAAACAGAUCCACUUCCGUAUAAAUGCUUCUUUUUUUAAUC